AAGGAGACGAAAAGCCGAAGAAAGAGUCGCUUGCAGAAACUUUGGCAAAUAUUGGCGAUUCUUUCCGCUAUUCUCGGUCCAAUAUUAACUUCCAAGAAACAGAACAAUAAAUAAACUGCAGGAAUUCGCCCAUGCCUCCCAUCCCAUUGAACACUUGAGGCCUCGAACAUGCUCACUAGAGUUCUACUACUAUCUAUUCCUCUACUUGCAUCAGCUUCAUCAUUACUGAGCAAGCGUGCUUUCGGUGUUACCUCAGAUCCAGCUACUGUUAAUAAUCAAACCUUCGACUAUAUCGUUGUCGGGGGUGGGCUUUCAGGUCUCACCGUAGCGGGACGUCUUGCAGAAAAUGCUUCGAAGACUGUCCUUGUCAUUGAAGCAGGGAACGAUGACCGAAAUGACUCGAGAAUAUAUGACCUGUACCGGUAUGGAGCAGUAUUUGAUACGACCCUAGACUGGGCUUGGCCCACCGACCAGAACAGAGUCAUUCACGGAGGUAGGACACUCGGUGGAGGUAGUUCCAUCAAUGGUGCCAUAAUCACUCGCGGUAUGAAAGAGCAAUACGAUGCGUUCUCGAAACUCCUUAGUAACGAGGAUGCAAGUAUGGAAUGGAACUUUGAUUCCCUAUUUUCGUACAUGAAGAAGUCCGAAGGCUUUACUCGGCCGGACGAAGAGCAGCGCGCGAAGGGUGCAGACAGUAUCGACGCUUACCACGGCUUUGACGGACCCGUUCAAGUCGCAUUUCCCCAAGAAAUGUUCAGUGGUCCGGCGCAGCCCGCGUUUAUUGAAGCUGUCCGCAAUAUAACUAGUAUUGCACAUUGUCGAGACGCAAAUGGCGGAAACUCAAAUUGUGUGAGCUAUAUGCCACAUUCUAUAAACCCGAAAGAUGAUGAUCACCGUUCGUCGUCUGCGAUGGCGUAUCUCACACCUGUCGAAAAUGAGAGCACGAAUUGGCUAACAUUGGUCAACCAUCAAGUGACGAAGGUGCUUCUCUCCGGAUCAGCACCGAACAUAAGGGCAACAGGUGUCCAGUUUAAGAACUCAAAUAAUACCGGUGAUACGUAUACCGUGAAUGCUCGUCAGGAGAUAAUUCUAUCUGCCGGGGCAAUUGGCUCUCCUCAAUUACUUCAAUUGUCUGGGAUUGGCGACCCCUCCAUCCUUCAGCCACUCGGUAUCGAGGUGAAGGUCGAUCUGCCAGCUGUUGGGCGAAACUUCCAAGACAGAACAUUUGGUUCCCUUGCUCAUUCAACGCAACCGUCUUUCGACAGAGGCGGUAGGGGGCCGUCGAACGCGAUCGCAUUCACGUCUCUACAUGAACUAUUCUCUGAGGGUGCAGGCUCAAAUGGAAGUGUGACAGUUGAAGAAGUGGCUAAGUAUCUCUUGGACCGAUAUCCGUCAUGGGCACAAAGCCAGGCAGCCAAUGGGUUGAACGCUGAUGCGCUUACUACGAUAUUUGGUAUUCAAGCAGACCUGAUUGUAAACAGUCAUUCUCCUAUUUAUGAACUAUUCUUUGAUGUUGGGGCAUCUAGCGGAAUCAGCAUUAACAUGUGGCAACUACUCCCAUUCAGCCGAGGUACCAUCAGCAUAAAUGACACCAGCGUCUUCACGAAACCGGAAGUGACGGUGAACUACUUCAAUGUCGAUUUCGACCUGGCCGUCCAAACUGCUGGUUCCCGGCUCGCACGUAGAGUGCUAAACCACACUGCGUUCGUGUCCAUCUCCUCCGGGGAGAUCAAUCCUGGAACCAGUGUAGUUCCUGAUGAUGGAAAUGGUGGAACAGAUGACGCAUGGUAUUCAUGGAUUCAAGACGGAUUCGGGGCAGUACACCAUAUGAUUGGCUCUGCAGCAAUGAUGCGUCGUGAUUUGGGUGGGGUCGUGGAUGGGAAGCUUCGUGUUUAUGAUACGGUGAACCUACGUGUCGUGGAUGCAAGUGUGCUUCCUCUUCAUAUAAGUGCUCAUCCAAGUGAGACGCUUUAUGGUGUUGCAGAGAAAGCAGCGGACAUCAUCAAAUCCGCGGCGUAAAUAAUUGUUCUGUACAAGUCAAUAGUUUCCUCGAUGCUAGUAGUGGAAACACCAGACUUUUCUGGUCGAUAAUUGUCACAUCGAAACAUCGUUUGAC